AUGUUACGGGCGUCAACAGUCUACAACAAGCAGGAUGGAGUCCUGACGGUGCCGAGUGAUGUGCGCAGCGUGUCUUGGACGCCAGCGGCACCGCCGGGCUCCCCUCCAGCUCUUACCAUAUCUCUAGCAGACGUAACAAAUCUGCAGACCACCCUGCCGACGAGCAAGAACAUAUCGAUCAAAGUAUUUGUACAGAGACCUUCCGCUUCCGAGCCGGAGACCUUCGUCUUCAAAUUCACCUCGCCAACCGCUGCCCGCGAGGAGUUCAACCCAAUCAAGGACAAGCUCACAGAUGCUCUCGCCAAACUCAAGGCGGCAUCCGCGCCGGUAGCCAAACCCAAGGAUGCAUCUGCGGCAGUAGCCACUGCGUCGCCCGCUGCGCCCGCUGCGGUUGAUGAGCCGGUCUAUCAGGACAGUCGUCUCUUAUCAGAUCAUGUUCUCCAGGAGUCUCUGUUGAAAUCAGACCCCUCUCUCAAUCAAAGAUUCCAGCAAGCGCUGAAAGACAAGCCAGAGACAAUAAGCCUAACGCAGUUCACCAGGGUAUUCUGGGCCUCUCGAGUGCAUCUGCUCCGCGCGCAUGCCGUCGAACGAAGUCAAAGCCAGGGAGACGUCAACGUCAUCUCCAACAUCAAGCCACGCUAUGAUGAGAGCGGCGCCCUAAAGCUGAACGUAACCAAGGAGCAAUUCCAGCUCCUCUUCAAGCAGCAUCCGAUCGUCAGGCGGCUGUACGAUGACUCGGUGCCCAGGCUUCCGGAGCAAACCUUCUGGGAGAAAUUCUUCCGAAGUCGAUUGUUCAGGCAUCUCCGGGGCGAGAAGACCGACGAAGUCUCACUCGAGUAUGACCACGAUUUCGAUAAAUACAUCGCUAUCGAUGAAGAGGCGGAACGCGUGAGGCAGACCGUCCAGGCGCACGUCCCGCUCUUCAUCGAUCUGGAGGGCAAUGAGCAGAACCACAGUCAGCGCAAGGGUAACGGACCGGACAGGGAGAUGCGACAGCGACACAAUGCGACCAUGAGGGUCUGCAACGCCAUCAGCGAGAAGAUGAUGGCGCAUAUCACACCUGCUGAUGGAGACACCCACGCUCCGAUUGGCAUGGACGAGGAGACGUUCAAUCAGCUGCAGUUGCAGGACCUGCAGCGCGACGCCGAAGACAACCGCAUCCUGCUCAAAAUCCGGGAUCAGAAAGAAUUUUUUGCCGGCAAGGGCAGCGAGAAGUCGGCCGAAGCCGCGUUGUAUUCUCGGCAGUCGCCACGCAAAGUACUUGCAAAGCUGAGGCGCGAUGUUGAGCUGCGGACAAGCACCGACACCGACUUUGAUCUCCAAGAGGCCAUCGGCGUGCACUCGGACAGCGACAGCGACGACGAAGACGGAGCGCCAAACAAGCAACCGCGCAUCGGCAGCAAAAGUGGUCUCAAAGCCGCCACAGCCUCCAUGCUCAGCACAAUCGCCCAGCGCCGCUCCCUCCACGCCGACGAGGGCUCAUCCCCCUCGGGCACAUUCGCCACGCUCCAAGCGACGAGUUUCGGGCUGUCGCAAGACGUCGCCGACACGCUUGCCGCAACGCACAACACCACCGUCGAGUUCCUGCACUACUUCUGGACCGUCUUCCUCUCCGGGGACCCCAGCCAGGCGGCCGACAUCCAGGGCCUGGUCGAGUCGCUGAACAAAUCCCUCGACAGGAUCAAGGCCGUAGCCGAGAGCGCCGACGUGGAAAGGAGGCUGCUGCUCGAAGCGAGGAGGAAGCAGAUCGAGGACUACUAUAACCGCACGGGGAAGCGGCAGCGAUUCGACCCCAAGACCAUCGGAGGGGGCGCCACUGUGGUCGAUCAGAUGAUGGCGCCGACGGUUAGGGCGAUUGGCGAGGCGUCGAGGCAGUAUAGGAAGGCGUUUGAGGAGCAGAUGGCGCAGGCGCAGGCGCAGGCUGCGCAGGGAUGA